AUGGCCAGCAAUAACGGUAAACCGUUACCCGAUUUAACUGACCAGACAUUUCAAACCGAUUGUAUCAAUAAUCACGCCAUUUAUAGAUCCAAACAUAUGAAUACACCUAAUCUGACUGUUGAACAAUCGCUGAUAACUUAUGCCCAAAAUCGAUGCCAAGAUAUCUCAUCCAAACCUCAACUAACCGGUGAAGACAGCGGUAACUACCUAUCACUCGGUCAGAACACAUACUGGGUAGGACUACCUGGUAAUGUCAAACAAAUAGCACCAUGCUCAAAUGCAGUUCCAGCUUGGUACAAUGAAAUUAGUAAAUAUAAUUACUCGAAACCGGGCUAUAGUUCAGCAACCGGUCACUUCACUCAGUUAGUCUGGAAGGACAGCCUACAGGUUGGCUGUGCCCGAUGUGGCGGUAAUGGCGGCACAUAUUACGAGACAUACAUUGUCUGCGUUUACAAACCUCAGGGAAACAUCAUUGGCGUCAACUUUGCCACAGAAGUUAUGCCAUUGAAAACUAGUGGUUAA